UUCAUCUUAUCUAGAAUCAUUUUCAUUUUUGUAAAUCCUACAUCUGCAUUUCGUUAUAUAUAUAUAAAAAGGAAAAAUAUUCAAGUUCCAUGUCAGCACUGCCUGCUUCAGUUUCUUCUUCUUGGAUCCCUGAAGACGAUCUCUUGCUGAAGAACGUCAUUGAGACCAGUGCUUCAUUGGAAGCACUAGCUAAAGGUGCGGUUCAAUUUUCACGGAAGUUUACGGUUAGAGAAUUGCAAGAUCGAUGGCGUGCUUUACCUUAUGAUCCUGUUAUUUCAGAUCAAGCAGCAGCCUGUAUGAUUGAGGUUGAAUUAUCUGCUUCUAAUUUAUCUUCUACAUUGAAUAAAUUUGAUAAUUCUGUUGAAACGUCAGUGCUAAAAGGAAAUUUGAAAGCAUUAGAAGCUCGUAUUAUGCUACGAGGAAGAGGACCUGUAACCACCAUGUGACAAACUUGAGUGGUGUUUGUUUUCUUGGAUCACCUAAUGGUAAUAAUUGCAUCCAAAAUAUAGGUGGUUAUGAUGAGCUUGUUGGACUCCGUGAAGACUGUUAAAAACCGAUUAGGAUUCGGUGAUUUAGGGAUUGGUAAUGUAGGUAAACGAUCACCAGAGGAUGAUUUGAAAGUAACUUCUAAGAAGGAUUGCUUAGGUGAAAAAGUGGAGAAUCUAUAACAGAAUGAUAUAUCUGGGGGGUCUCGUCAUGCCAUUUUCGAGGCAUCAGAUAAAUUUGGUCAUCCAUCUAGGGUUGAGGAAAUCAAACCUUACUCGGCUGGAUGUUCG